GAUGCGUGGUCAGUCGUUUUCAAUGUUUCUUCAGACAUGCGUUCCCCUCGGCGCUUAUCCUCGGUCUCGCAGCGUCUUUCCCUUGAAACACGAGCGUACCCGAAGUUCGGACGCUCCAUUGUCCCAGUCAUUCAGUCCCACAUGCGCAGGAGCAACGUCAACAGAGUCGUGAAUCCAGCGCCGACUGCCGAAUGCCCGUGUCAAGAACCUGCGACAUGGGGAUGGGCGCGUGCGUCGGAGAGCGUGGCUCACGCGUGAGGGGCGCGUGCGACGGAUCGCCAGAGCGCAUCACGGACCCCCGGCAUCAUGGCUUCCGUUGUUCGCUGACCUCAAACCGCCGUUUGGUCUCGAUUCGGAGUACGGAGACGGGUUUGCUCUGUGGAUUGGCGCAUCAGAGUGCACCAAAAACCGUUGCCUUGUGCCUACAGGUCAUCCAGAUUCUCGACGACCCUGUAGUGGACAGGAAAGAGGCGGCGUUCUCGACUCCCCGUUCUUCCUGUUCUUCCAAAUCACGGCCAUUUCGCGAACAAUUCUACCGUGAGUUGAACCCAGGAAUGGACUUGAUUACUGUACGGUCCAGGAUAUCCUCGACCAAUUAUUUCCUCUUGCAUAUCUCGCCUGAAAUGGAAGGCGCCCCUCAGUGGCUAUAGCCGUCUUUCGACGCUUCCCGCUCUUCCUAUGGACGGAAGCGCGGCCAUCCGGUGAGUGCGAACUGUGUGUAUUCGCUGAGCCCUUACUCCAGAUCCUUACUAAGUAGGACAUUAGACAACGAACAGCCCCUUCGUGGA